AGGAGGAAACAUGCCCGAACCCGCCAAGUCUGCGCCCAAGAAGGGCUCCAAGAAAGCGGUCACCAAGACGGCCGCCGGCAAAGGAGGCAAGAAGAAGAGAAGGACCAGGAAGGAGAGCUACGCCAUCUACGUGUACAAGGUGCUGAAGCAGGUCCAUCCCGACACCGGGAUCUCCUCCAAGGCCAUGAGCAUCAUGAACUCCUUCGUCAACGACAUCUUUGAGCGCAUCGCCUCCGAGGCCUCCCGUCUGGCUCACUACAACAAGCGAUCCACCAUCACCUCCAGGGAGAUCCAGACCGCUGUGCGCCUCCUGCUGCCCGGUGAGCUGGCCAAGCACGCCGUGUCCGAGGGAACCAAGGCUGUGACCAAAUACACCAGCUCCAAGUAACCAGCUCUGCUGCUGAUGCUCCAACACAACGGCUCUUUUAAGAGCCACUCACUGCAUCUGGAGAGCUUUGAUUUAUGCACUGAGACAUUUAAAGUUAUUAAAAUAUGACAUGUUUGUCCUGUGAUGGCUAAACUGGGAAGCUACAUCCAGUCUACAAGCAAAGUGACAGUGCAAUUUACUUUGCCAUUGCAAUCCACUUGUUGAAUGAAAGUUGGUGGCAUUAAUAUUAAUGAAGCCUUUCAAAGCUGCAUAAUUGUACAUUAAAUUUAUUUUAGAUGUUUCUCAGACAUGCAAACAAAAAAAGUAACUUCUUGACAUUAACCUCACAAAUAUAAAUAUCUGUGAAUAAUGAUCACAGUUUUCUAAUUUGUACAGAUUCAGCCUGUGAAGUUGAUUUUUUUUUUUUUUGUCAGAACGUGAACGUUGCUUUUCAAAUCCCGUCUUUCAUGUUUGCUACAAUCUGAGCUCAGAGGAAUGAGGACAAAACCUGCGUCGGUGUUCAGAUCCUGCAGCGGCGAGUGAAGGAGUUCAGCAAGGCGGAGAGUUUAGACGGCGCUGAGAUUCUUCUGCAACAUGACGGCAUGUAAAACUACACCUGAAAAA